AUGAAUGAAAGCAGCCAUGCAGUAAGAGCAGACACUUCGGCCAUGUUGCCCGCGACGGAAGAGGCGUAUGCGGCGCUCGAAAAACGGUUGGUGCGGAAGCUGGAUUGCAGGCUCAUGCCUGUGCUGACUUGCAUGAUUGUUCUCAACUACCUUGAUCGCAAUGCGCUGCCAAAUGCUCGGGUCCAGGGGAUCGAGAGCCAUCUCGGACUGACAGGCGAUGAAUUCAACACGUGCAUUUCAAUCCUCUUCGCCGGUUAUCUAGCGCUGCAAAUUCCCUCCAAUCUGAUCCUGACCAGAGUACGGCCGAGUAUCUACUUGCCUGUCUGCAUGGCUCUCUGGGGCGUCGUUUCCGCAUGCACCGCGGCGGCGACCAACUUUCAACAGUUGGUCGUUUGCCGCUUCUUUCUAGGCUUCCUGGAGGCGCCCUUUUUCCCGGGCGCACUACUGCUUCUGUCGAGCUGGUACACCCCCAAGGAAAUGGCAACGCGCACAGCCGUCAUGUACACUGGCAGCUUGCUUUCGAGCGCAUUUGGCGGUCUUGUGGGAGCGGGCAUCCAGUACGGCCUGGAUGGCGCGCAUGGCCUUCAUUCAUGGCAGUGGUUGUUCAUCAUCGAGGGCACCGUCACCGUCGUGGUCAGCCUGGGCUCCGUACUUGUCCUGCCAGACUUUCCCUCCAAUACAGCCUGGCUUACAGCCGAGGAGCGGGCGAUGGCUAUCCACCGCUUGCACGCACACAGCGGCACUGUUGAUGAGGAGCGCGGUCCCCUCCUCCAAGGCCUGCGCAUGGCCGUACUGGACUACAAACUAUGGCUUCUCACACUCAUCGUUGUUCUAAAAACCUCAGCAGGAGCUGUGACUCAAUUUAUUCCGACCUUGGUUGCGACAUUUCACUUUGGCAAGGUCCAAACCUUACUACUGACUGCCCCUCCAUUCGUAUUCGCUGCCAUUGUUGCUCUGGCUGUGUCGGUCUCCAGCGACAAGCGUGGAGAGAGAUGUCUGCAUCUAAUCAUCCCGCUUACCUUUGCAUUGAUUGGUUUCAUCAUUGCCGCUACCACGCAAGGCUUAGUACCUCGCUACUUUUCGCUCUUCUUGGCUUUGGGUGGUGUAUAUGGCUGUUAUGAUAUUACCUAUGCAUGGAUGAGCUCCACGAUCCCUCGGCCACUGGAGAAACGAUCCUCUGCAUUCGCGAUUGCCAACAUGGUGGGCAACAUUGCUCAGGUCUACUCGCCAUACAUGUACCCAAAAUCAUCUGGCCCCAGAUAUUUACCUGCGAUGAUAGCCAACAGCGGCGCCGUUAUACUGUCCAUUGCUUGUUGCGCAACAUUGUACUACUCUUUGCGCCGCGAAAAUAAAAUCCUCGAGGCGGCGCAAAUGCACAGAAAUGACGAUGGAGAUGGUGACAGCGACACAAACAAAAACCGGCCCCAGGAGCUUGAAUUGCCCGUCCCAGCCUUGGAUUCGAGCUUCCGGUAUAUCCUCUAA